AUGUCGUCAAAACAAGGCCUUCUGACCUUCACAACCUUGUUCAUUCUGAGUGGUCUUCUAGUUACAGCUUAUUUAGCCACUUUGGUAAUCUAUCGAGUGUUCUUUCAUCCACUGGCCAAGUACCCGGGACCUUUCAUUGCCAAAGUCACGGACCUUUAUUCAGUCUAUCAUGCUUGGAAAGCUGAUAGACAUAUUGACUUCCAACGUUGUCACCAGAAAUAUGGAAAUGUUUUCCGCUAUGGUCCCAACAGAUUGUCAUUCAAUACUCAAACAGCUCUUCAGACCAUCAAUUCUGCCAAAGCCAACACCAGGAAGGCCGAUUUUUACAAGUCGUUGAUCACUCCCACAGGACCCAGCAUUCUCUCCGCAAUUUCAGAUGACGUCCACGCAAGGAAGAAGAGAGUCCUCUCUCAAUGCUUCUCGGAUAGGGCUAUGAAGUCGGCUGAGGACUAUACCUUAUUUCAUAUCCGAAAGUUUUGUGAGAAGUUAGCUACAUCAACCGAAGCUGUUGAUAUGUCGAAAUGGACCACUUACUUAACUGGGGAUGUGCUAGGCGAACUUUGCUUUGGGAGUUCUUUUAACAUGUUGACAGAGACCAAGAAUCGGUUCUUGAUGGAUUUGAUCAAUUUGACUGCAAGAUUUGCUCUCGUUUGCGGAUCCACCAUUCCUCUCCAACACACUCCCAUUCCAAAGCUCUUCUUCUCCGACCUUCUUGCCGGUCGCUUGGAAUUUCGCUCCUAUGCUCUUGCCCAAGCCACCGAACGAACAAAGAUCAAGGAUUCAGAGCGUCGAGAUUUCUACCACUACCUAAUGGAAGCCAAGAACCCAGAUACAAACGAACGCUUCGAUGAAAGAGAAAUAUGGAGCGAAGCCGGUAACCUCAUCGUUGCAGGCACAGACACCACAUCUACUACUUUGGCAUCAACUUUCUUCUAUUUCACCCGGAACCCGGAUGUACUAGAGAGAGCCAAGAAGGAAGUCAGAGAAGUGUUCAAGGAUUGUGAUAUCGAGGACAUCCGAACUGGAGAGAAACUAAGCUCCUGCAAGUAUCUCCGCGCUUGCUUGGAUGAAAGCAUGCGUAUGAGUCCUCCGCUUCCAGGAAUCCUUGCUCGUGUAGUCCUUCCUGGCGGCAUCAUGAUUAACUCUCAUGUCAUUCCAGCUGGCGUCGAGGUCGGUGUCGCACCCUAUGCUCUUCACCACAACGAACAGUACCACAAAGACUCUUUCGUAUACAAUCCAGAAAGAUUCCUAGAUAAGGGAAUUGUGGAGGGUUGGGCUCCGUUUAGUUAUGGGCCGAGAGCUUGUAUUGGGAAGGCGAUGGCGUAUAUGGAGAUGAUGUGUACGAUGGCAAGAGUUCUGAAAAUGUUUGACUUGAAGGGCGUAGGGAGCUUAGGGGAGAGAGUCGAUGGGAUGGGUGGAAAAGCAGAGGAGUACAGAAUUGAGGACUUCUUCGUUUGUCAUAAGUUUGGACCGAUGGUUGAGUUUAGUAAGGCUUGA